AUGAAUAGAGUAUUAUAAUUGAUUUAUAAACUUAAAUUUCACACUUAUAUUAUGAGAUCCAGCUUAGCUCUUCGUUUAAGAAAUUCUAUAGAUAAUACUCAUAUUUAAUAUGACAAUAAAUACUCCGUUCAUGUGAAUACUUAACAUCCUGUAAUGAGUCCUAGGAAGUCAGUUGAUAAAACUACCAUCAAUUAGAUUUAUAAAGUAACUUAACCACAUCAAAUUAAACAUAAAACAACAAAAUUGGGAAGGGAUUCAUGUGGCUAUAAUGUUAGAUACAACAAUUCUGUUGAUGUAAGUUUAGAAGAAUUAAAGAAAAUAAAAACAUUAGAAAAAAGUUUAUAUUGCAUUUAAGACAAUAGAUAAAGAGGCGAUAAUAAAAUCAUUAAUGAUAAAGUUCUAAAAGAGAACCCUUUCUAAAUCAGCAAUAACUUAGAUAAAUAACCGAAAAGAUAUUCUCUCCCUGUUUUAAAUAAGAAAUAAUCGCCUUAACAUAGUAACCAGGAUAAAAUCAAGAUUCCAGUGUUGCCAGUCAUAUCUGAAAAUAUUAAUGCCAAAUAAAACAACUUUAGUAUCGAAAAAUGUUUGGAAGACCUAAAUAAAAUUAAGAGCGGUGGACAUAAAGAGUAUCCAUAAUCAACGGAAAGAAUUUUGGACUUAUUAUUACUAAACACAUGCGAUUUAAAAAAAAUCUUCAAAAACCAGAACCAAAAGAACAAAAGGAAAAUAAUUGUUUAAAGUAAAGUGCCUUAAGAUUUUUUUAAUAUUUUAAAAAACUACUGA